CAGCUGUCAGUAAUUGGAUCCGAAUCGCUCCAAAACACCCCCACCACAAAAAAAAAAUUCAAUUCAAAUGACAGAUGAAAUGAACGAUAAAUUUUGCUAAUUAUUUAAUUUUGUUGUUACUAAAACAAUAAAAUAUGGCGGAAAAUAAUAAUAGCAAGAUGGUAAUUAGUGAUACUGAUAUUCCGCAAUCCUCUGGAUAUGAUCUGAAAACAAAAUCCUCGGAUAAGACUGAAAAUGUUCUGAGGACAUAUUUAUUGGAAGAAUACAAGCCUGACGCUUGUCCAGAAAGUCUUCAAAAUUUAUUGACAUGUUUAGAAAAUCAUGCCCAUGAAGUGCCAGGACUUGACACUCUGGCGGGACUAAUUUUUCUAAUUAUGGCGGAGUCUGGCUUUGUACCAAUUGAUUAUAAUGGCCCUGACAAAUCAUAUGAUUUUCACUAUAACAGAAUGAUGACAAUAAGCAAAAAUCCGCGCAUACGUUGGUCAUCAGAUGGGAUCGCCUGCACUUUGAAGUUCAAAUUGUGCGAUUUGGAACAAUUCGAAAUAAAAUUGAUUUUGAUAUCCCAUUCUGAUGAUUUGAUUGUAACCUGUUUUGUUAAAGGAUUAAAAUUGGGCAAUUUGGCAUAUGAGUUAAUUUUGGAUCCACGCACUUACUUUGUGUCAUGGAGAACUUCACUGAUCCGAAACCUCAUGCUUCAAAACUUAGAUGUUCUAUCCUUCAAAAUUAAAGAUGGUAUUGCAUUUCCAAUUAAAUGCGCUAUCCUACAACAAAAUGGUGUUCCAUUACCUUGUCUAGCUAAUUUGCCACUUGAAAUUUUAUGGCUUAUUUCAAGAAAACUAAGUGGUCGAGACUUAUCUAAGUUUUCAAAAGUUAUUAAUAAUUGGUUUAAGUGAAGUGUCCUAUUGUUUUUUUAUUAUAACUUUCGAAUAAAGCUUUUGAAAUAA